AUGGAAUAUAAGCGUCAGUCUCCAGCUGCCGUCAAGGUCAAGCCGCGCCUCAUCAUCCACGGCGGCGCGGGCAACAUCAAGCCGUCGAACCUGCAGCCGCCAGAGUAUGAGGCGUACCGCCAGGCCUUGUUGACGAUUGUCAGCAAAACUAACGCCUACCAAAACACACCCGGCGCAUCAUCCGGCACCAGCACCAGCAACCUCCCCUCCGCGUUAGAGACGGCAACCCACGCCGUGACCCUCCUGGAGAACAACCCCCUCUUCAACAGCGGCCACGGCGCAGUCUUCACCCGCGACGGCAUCAACGAGCUCGAGGCCUCCGUCAUGGUCUCCCGCGGCUUCGCGAAGCGCGGCGUCGGCGUUACGGGGCUGCGACACGUCCGCAACCCCAUCCUACUCGCGAAAGCGAUCCUCGAGCACGGCGAUGAGGAUCUGGGGGGCAACCCGGAGAGCAGCCAUCCUUCUCUUUCCCCUUCCUUGGCUACUAAUGCUGAUGUUGCUGCUGCUGCAGCUGCUGCUACCGCGGGCAUCGACGCCCCCUCGGCCCAAGGCCACACCCUCCUCCACGGCGCCACAGCCGAGACCCUUGCCAAGCGUUACGGGUUGGAGCUCGUCUCCACGGACUACUUCUUCACGCAGAGGCGGUGGGACGAGCACGUGCGCGCCCUGGAGAGGGAAAAAGCCGGUAAAGGGUUGAGCACGUACAGCCGGACAGAGUUCCUGCCGCAGGGCACCGUGGGCGCCGUGGCGCUGGACGAGGAGGGCGUCGUGUGCGCCGCGACGAGCACGGGCGGGCUGACGAAUAAGUUGACGGGGCGGAUCGGGGAUACACCCGUCGUCGGGGCCGGGUUUUGGGCCGAGGAGUGGGUGGAGGACGGGGACCUGACUGGGGCGUUUGGGCGUGGUGGUGGCGGCGGUGCCGGCGACGGCGGGUUUCUGGUGUUGAGUGAGAGCUUGAAGGGUUUGAUGGCGGAUUGUCUUCCUUCGCUGAGGACCUAUGCACCGGUAGCCGGCGCCGCGGCGCUCGGUGUGGGUAAGAGCAAGGGUGUGAAGACUACUAGGGCGAUUGCUGCGUCUGGUACCGGGAACGGGGACUCGUUUAUGCGCGUCGCGGCGGGUCGGACUGUGGGCUCCGUGGCGCGGUGGAAGCCGCUCUCGGGAGCCGACGCCGUGUCCUUUGUCUCGGGUCCGGGCGGGGAGUUGCAGAGCAGCGCCGGGAAGCGGUGGAAGGUUACCGGCGAGGGCGAGGGCGGCAUCAUCGGGAUCGAGAUCGCUGUCACGAGGGACGAGGAGGGGGCCGUAGUCGGCGUGAGGUCCGCGAUUUUGCAGGAUUUCAACUGCAAUGGGAUGUACAGGGCGUGGAUCGACGACGACGGUAAGGCGUAUGCAAAGAUUUAUCGGGACGAUGUCGAGGGGGUUGAUGUGAGGGAGUUCUGCGAGAAGUGGUAA